AUGAGUCUGACCCCAACCACCCCAACAAAGGAAGACUACGGCAGCAAUGACCCCAGUCAGAACCGCAUUUUGACGACUGAUAUGAAUGUAACAUACAUAAGUCUUGAGGGUCAUGUGGAGAUAGAAAAGUACAGGUAUUUCUAUUUCUUUAUGAUGUUAACUGUUUAUAUUUUGAUUGUCUGCAGCAAUUGUACGAUAGUUUCUCUGAUUGUGAUUCAAAAGAACCUUCAUGAGCCUAUGUACAUUUUUAUUGCAGCACUGUUGAUCAACUCUGUUCUUUUCAGCACAAACAUCUACCCCAAACUCUUGGCAGACUUUUUAUCUAAAGAACAGAUCAUCUCUUAUGAAGCCUGUCUCCUUCAGAUUUUUGUGUUCUACUCAUUAAGCGGUUCAGAAUUCUUACUUCUGGCAGCCAUGUCUUAUGACAGAUAUGUAUCCAUAUGUAAACCUCUGCAAUAUGCUAUUCUUAUGAAAAAAAUGAAUGUCAUACUUUUACUGGGAUCGGCCUGGAUUGUACCUUUUUGUCACCUUGUUGUCCCUAUUGUUGGAGAUGCAAAUUUAGAGCUUUGCAGCUUUUCAUUGAAAGGUAUUUUCUGCAACAAUUCCAUCAAUUACCUUUUCUGUGCAGGUUCUAAAGCCCUGUUAACCUUUGGUUUAGUUACUCUGUUCAACAUUGCUAUUCUUCCCAUGCUGUUCAUCAUUUUCACAUAUGCAAAGAUCCUCAUAGUGGCUUAUAAAAGUUGUAAAGAAGUUAGGAGAAAAGCUGCUCAAACCUGUUUACCUCACCUGCUGGUUUUAAUCAACUAUUCUUGUUUGGUGACUUAUGACAUGAUUAUAAUAAGGCUGGAGUCAAAUUUCUCAAAGAGUGCUCGCUUUAUAAUGACACUGCAGAUGAUCAUGUAUAAUCCUCUUUGCAAUCCAAUCAUUUAUGGACUCAAAAUGACUGAAAUUUAUAAACACUUGAAGAAGUUGUUCUAUAAAAUUAGACAUAACUGGUAA